AUGAAUUAGGAUUAAUCAGCUUUUGAUAAAGUCACCCUAUUUGCAGUUGUUUCCCUAUCAUUAGUAAGCUUUUUAUUCUACUAAUUCACAUCAAAACCAGAACUCUAUGGUGGGGAUGGGUGUGUUGCAUUAAGAGAAUGUGCAUAUUAUUUGGUUUGGCUAUACAUAGUAUAUGUCAUUUUAAUUUGCAUAUUGAUCUAAUGGAAACCCCAACCUGAUUCCAAGAUUAAGCUCUACAUAUAUGGAAUUUUGCUAAUUGGAUUUGUCAUUAGCAAUAUAUUUUUAAUUAUUGAAUAUUUUAAAAAUGAACCUUGCAAUUUAUUGAGAUAUGUCAUCUUUUGGUAUUUGAUUCUAAUGUCCAUCACAUUUGUUUUAUUUAUGAGUAUAGUUGGAGCAAUAAUUUAUAUGAUGUGA